AUGAUUAUGCUAUUAAAAUAAAUACUCAAAGUCCAGAAAAUUACUAUAAUAAAUCUAUUGUUUUAAAAAAAUUGUAACGUUUUUCAGAAGCCUUAGAAUAAAUUGAAAUUGCUAUUUAAAAAAACCCAGAAAAUCCAUUAUUUUAUAAUCAGAAAGCAAAUACUUUAAUUAAAUUGCAUCUAUUAUAAUUAUGCGAUUUAGAGAUAUCCAGAAAAUGCUACAUUUUAUUAUAAUAAAGCUAUGACUUUAGAAGAUAUGAAUUCUUUAAAUGAAGCAUUAAAAUAUUAUAAUUAUGCAAUUGAGAGAAACUAAAAAAAUGCUGACUUUUAUAACAAAAAAGGAAUUGCGCUAAGCAAAUUAGAUUAAUAUUAAGAAGCCUUAUAAUAGUUUGAUUUAGCCAUAGGUAUUGAUGCUGAAUUCUCAGAGCUUUAUCAUAAUAAGGCAAAUGUUUUAGUCUAUUAAAAUAAAAUUAAAGAAGCUUUAUAAUAUUAUGACUUAGCCAUAUAGAAAAAUCCUGAAAAUCCAGAGUACUAUCAUAAUAAAGAAUAGCUAAUACUUUAUCCAAACAGAAUCGAAAUGAGGAAGCAUUAAAAUUUUAUGAUUUAGCUAUAAAGAAGAAUCCUGAAAAUUCAGAAUAUUAUGAAAAUAAAGGUACGUUUAACCUAAAUUCAUAAAAAGCUACUACUUUAAUAGAAAUGCAAAGGUUUUAAGAAGCAUUAGAAUUUUUUGAUCUUGCUAUUUAAAGGGAUUCAAAUAAUGCAAAAUUUUACAACAAUAAAGGCAUAAUCAAUUUCAUAUUUAUUAGCAAUUGCUCUAGCUAAAAUGAAACUUUUUGAACAAUCAUUAGAAAGUUUUGAUAUAGCUAUUUAGAAAUAUCCUGAGUGCUAUCAAUUUUAUUUUAAUAAAGCAUUUACAUUACACUAAAUGGAUCUUUUGGAAGAAGCUUUAAAAUAUUAUGAUUAGGCAAUUUUAAUAAAUCCUAGUUGUUCUGAUCUAUAUUUUUAUAAAGCAAAUACGCUAAUCAAAUUAAAUCGUAUUACUGAAGCAUAAGCAUAAUAUGAUAUUGCAAUAUAGAAAAAUCCUGAAAAUAAAAAUUAUCAUAUGCAUAAGGGUAGUUUUACUCAUAUCUUUUUUAGAAUAAACAACCGUAUAUAAUCAGAACGAAAAUUCAAAGCAGGAUAAAUAUGAAAUUCUAAAAUAAUUUCUUCAGAAUUCUAAUUACAAAUCAUUCAAUCAUAAAAGUAGUUGAUUUAUUGGCAAAUAUUAAAAUUAACUAUUUCACACCAUUA